UAUGACUCAUUUGUCCCCAUUGGAAACAACAGGCUGUGGUCUAUCUUGGGUACAAAUGACACCAGUACUGUCCCUAAAAGGUACAAGAAUCUGGAUGAGUUUAGUGAGGAGCUCAACAGACGAACCAAGGAGACCCAAAUGCUGCAAGAAGAAGUGGAACAUGCAACAAACAUUACCAUGGAGAAAAUGGGACGCACAUUUCCCAGCAGCUCACCCUCACAAAUAAAUUACUUUCCCAUUUUUAUGGAUGGUUCAUCAGAGGAUAACUCAGAAGUGCUGUCUCCGUACCGACCGUCUUUGAUCCAGCCUCUUACAUAUGCCCGGGAUGGCCUGGAUCUGGAGGUGGUCAGAAGUGGCGUAACCUUCCCUGGGAAAGAUGUUUUGGAAAAUGUAAUAGAGGACUACUCUCAGCAGGUGUCGGAGCUCCAAAAGCAGCUGAGUGAGAUGUUUGCUUUUCAUGAACAGCAGAAGUUCAAAUUGCGUCAGUCGAUCAUCAAGCUGCAGACAAAGUUGCACGAGGUACAGAUUGAGAAAGAUGCCCUGACUGAUCUAAGAAUGAAAGAGAGCAGAAAACAGGCAGAUGUAAUGGGGAAAAUGCAUGCAAUAAUCAGAGUGCUGCAAAUCAAUAAACAGACAGGGGACCAGAUGCUACUGGAGGCUGAGGAGGAAGCAAAGUCACAAAGCAGGAAAGCAGAGUCAAUGGAGCGUACACUACAGGAGGUUCACUCCACACUGUUGGCUUAUGAGAAACGGUGUAGAAACUAUUUGUACACCAGCCAUGAUGCACUGGGAGUUGCGGUGGAGAAAGUAUUACAGGACUUGGAGCAUGAGAAUCACAAUCUGAGAGAAAGAUUCCUGCUGGUGGAAGAGCAGAUGGAGACUCAAGAACAGAAAUGCCAAGAUAAAGCAGAGAUACGGUUGAAGGAGCAAAGGGAAAGACUGGAGCAGCUUAUUACCAGUCAUGACCAGGAGGUGGCGAUAUUGACUGAGAAAUUGAGCAGCUCCAGAAGCAGUGCCUCCAGCUUGUGUGUCCAGGUGGAAUUGUUACAAAAACAAGGUGAGAGUCAGGCUUCAGUGCACCAGUGUCAGGUCAAGGACUUGGAGUCAGCUUUCUCCACCCUGCGCUCCGAUCUACUGGAUGCCAAGCGGAUCCAUGAAGACAAGGUGAGUGCUCUGGAGAAGCAGUUGGCUGAGGCCCAGUCUCAGGUGGAGGAGGCCCAGAGAGGGAGAGACAGAUCUCUCCAGCAGGCAGAGGAGCUGGACUCUCAGCUCUGCCAGCUCACGUCAGAGCUCCGACAGGCCCGUGAGGAGUUGGCCCUUGAGAAGGAGGAGACCAAACAGCUGUGGGAGCGGGACACGGGCCACAGUGUGACCAGCGACGGGCUGCGCAGGGAGCUGGAGGAGCGACACCUGGGGGUGCAGCAGCUGGAGGUUCUGGUGGGAUCUCUCAAAGAUGACUGCCAGGCACAGAUGGAGGCUCAGUUGUUGGGCGAGAAGCAUCAAUGGGAGCAGCAGGAGGAGCUGGCUGUGCUGCGAGGGGAGCUGAAACUGACCACAGACCAGCUGAACAGGGCCAGGGACGAGGAGCUGAGACUGCAGGCCCUACAUGGGGACCGGGACGAGGAGCUGAAGAGGGUCCAGGCGCUGCUGGAGGAGAGGGACAGGGAGCUGCAGCUGAGGCAACAGGAGGCGCAGCAGGGCCGGACCAGGCUGGAGGAGGCCCAAGGCCGCUGCCAGGCCCUCAGGGCAGAGACUGAGGUGCUGAGGCUCAAGCUGGAGGACCGGGAGAAGAUGGUGGACCUGCUGCGGCUGCAGAUGGAGAGCACCACUCAGAUGACGGUACAGCAUGGCCGUAGCAUUGACUCCCUGCACGAUGAGAAGAGCCGCCUCAGCAACCAGCUCAGUGAGCACAAGCUGGAGAUCCAACAGCUAAGGACAGACUUGGAGCAGCGUGAGGAGUGUUUGGCAGUGCUGGAGAAGGAGAGGCGAGUGCAGCAGGCUGGCCUGUCCAAACAGAGCCACUGUGUCAAGGAGCUAAAACUGGAGAAACAGAAGCUCACCGCUGAGCUAGGGAUGCAACGCAUGCAUCUGGUCACCCUCACAGAGGAGCAUGAGGAGUUGAAGAGGCUCCACAGCAGUAAGAGUGAGGAGCAGGAGGGUGUAGUGGUGAGUCUCAAAGCCCAGCUGAAGACCACCCGGGCUGAGAUGGACCAGGCCAGGAGGACCCUAAAGGGGGCGGACGAACACGGCCUGAAGGUUACCAUGGGAAUGCAGAACCAGAUAAAAACUAAGCGAGACCAGAUCCACUAUCUCCAGGGCCGAAUCCAACUACUGGAGGAAACCAUGGACAAAAUGAGCCAAGAAAAGCGUUACCAGAGUCUGGAGAGUAAGCGUCAGGUCCAGGAGCUGGCCUCAGUCACAGAGGAGAAGAGACAGAUGGCAGCUGAGUUGGAGACCGUCCGUUCCCUGGAGAGACUGCUCAGGGAGAAAGUGGCCAAACUGGAGGUGACCCUAAACAAGGUGAUGUCUGGGAGCAUUAUUGACUGUCAAGACUUCAUCCAGUUGCAAGAGCAGGCGUUUGUGCGGCUGAAGCUGCAGCAUGCUCUGGAUGUGAAGCAGGAGCUGCAGGGUCAAAACCUGCGAGACACAGGGAAUGCUCAGCGUUCUUCCCCUACAAGCCCAACAGCCCGGAAUGCACUACCCUCAACCCAGCACCGCUCUACUGGCCUGCUAGAGUUGAAGUCUCAGCGGCUGCUGAAAAGCCCCACUAUGGAGCUGCGUUCUCUAGUCAAAGAGCUGCGACGUGUAAUUUCUGAGAACCCCGGACCACACACCAGCAUUAUCAAAAGGAAGUCUGCUCCAGAGAGAGUGCACAGGACCACCCUCAAUGAAGUCACCAAUUUUUGUACAAAUAAUGCCAAAACGACAAAGGGGACCUACAGCAGUGGUGUGCCUGACCUCCUUAGGACAACUGAUCUGGAUGAGCGGAAUUUAUACAGCACCUUCUCAAGCGAGAGCCAGGACUUCUCUUUUGUUGCAUCUCUGCCUUGCUACACAUCGUCACCUCGAGCCAUGGCACUGGGCCGCACGUCCCCUGUACACUCACUCCUGACUACUGACCACAGCCCCACGCAUCUACAACCGAGCAGGCCUCUGCCUCAGGCAGGAAGCCCUCUUGCAGACAUGUGCACCUUGGCCAAUCCGCAGGCUGAGUUGACAGGACACACAUGCAAGCACUUGCAAGGGAAACUGGACAGCCUUCAAAACAUGGUGGAUGACUUGCAGAUGAAGAACCAAGACAUGUCCUCUAUGAUAAAAGGUCAGGAGAGGAGGUUGAUGUUCAAAGACAAAGGGAGGCUUUAUAAAAGCAAGGCUCUGGGUGAAUGUCUACAUGUGGAACAAAAAUAAACUUGUAUUUAAAUGAAG